AUGUACACCUCCCUCUUCAACUCUGAAUCUUUUCUCGCUGCCACCCUCUUCAUUGAACGUCUUGUUCAAAAAGAAGAACAUGUCUGCACUCUUAUUAAGACCUGUCAGGACAACCCCACCCUCUCCCUUGAUCUUCACCUUAUUUUAGAAGCUGUUGCCACCGAGAAACAUCUCGAGGGCAAACUCGGAUACAAGGACGAAAAUGUCCUUAGUCUCCACCAUAUGGUAACUACUGCCAUCGCCGCCGCCAUCCGACCAAGCUCCCCACUGUCCCUGACUAUAUCCCAAUAUUUUGAGAAGUUCGACGGCAAAAUCCACGCCUACGGGAAGAAAUUCCCAACGUCCCCUCACAUCACUGCCUAUCAUCCUUAUCGAUGCAGCCCCACUCCCCGCUGCUCGAAAUGCAAGAGACUUGGUCAUAUUCGCAAGAUUCACAAGAAUUGCAGUGACUACCAGUGCGGAGGAUGUCUCUGGUGGGGACCAGGACAUACUACCCCCAACUGCGAAAGGAUGAAAGAGGCCGAUAAGGCAUGGGAAUGGGAGAAACAGAUGAACCCCACAGGAUACGACAUGAAGAUAGGAACACAGAUGUGGAAGGAGAGAAUCUAUGAUUGGACUGGAGUACCGAUUCUCAGGAACGAAGAUUGGAACACCCCCAGGAAGCAACCUGAGUUCGUCGAUUUAACCUCCCCUUUGCCACCUUCCUCACCAGCAGUGUUGCCCCUCUUCCCACCAACUCCGCCAUCGUCCCCUCUUUAUAAUCCAUAUUCCCCUAUGACCCACCCAUCUCCUCUCUUCAACCUCAAAGACCUGGUCAGCGACUUUGACUCUAUCACUUCCUCAUCUGGCAAUAUCAGUGAUAUUGAAGUUUAA